AUGACCCUUUUGAGGUGAGAAAAAAUUCCCCCAUUUCCAUCUCAAUAUUCUAAUUUUCCCCCAAAUUAUAAUGCCGCCUAUCUGGAGUAGGACUUGAGGAAAAAUUGAGCAUCAACCGUUUGGCUCUUUUUUAAUCCUAUAAUUGAAACAAUUGAUUGAAAUCUUACGCAGCAAGUGCGCCAUGAUUUCGGAGACUUUCCAAUGUAUUUGUAGAAACAGAAAGUUUGAAUCAAAGGAAUUGCGAUAAGUGCUGUUGACGUUCAUUCAUAUAGUGAACUGUUAUGCUUACUUUUGAAAAGAACCCUUGUUUGGUGGAUUACUUCUAAAGGUCUACUCUUUACAUUAGGCGUGUCAGAAUUUUUAAAUUAUAAAUUAACUUUUUAAGCAUAAAUUAACUUUUUGGGAGCUUGACUUGCUGCUUUUCGUCGAUACCAUUUUUUUACCGUAAUUGGCAGUAAUGUCGCAAUCUGAUAGGCCAGUUUGUUGUUGUUGAUAAGAGUGCAGACCAAGCUAAACUGCUGUCGACUAGUUAACUCUCUCUCAAUGUACAUACUCUACUGUGUGUUGUUUCGUACGGCCAACAAAGCAUUUUCUCCCGGCACCAUAGUUCAUGCGUGAUAUUUUCCUUUGACAGAAAAUUAGAUCACCCUCAUAUUGUCAAGUUUUUUGGGACUGCACUCUUGAAAAAAGAGGACGGGUUAAGGUUGAUCUUUGUGAUGGAAAGGUGCACAGAAAGCCUCAAAGAUCACAUCUUCAAGCACCGAGAAUCUGUUCCGGGUCUAUCCGGAAAAACAGCGGACCUUAGAGUUUGUCGUUGGGCGAAAGAAAUCACCGCUGGUCUUCACUUUAUGCACGAAGUAGGCAUUAUCCACAGAGACCUAAAGCUAGAAAACAUCUUGGUAGGUACUUACAGCGAUCUUGAUAUUUUUAUCGCAUCUUGCAAGUCAAUGGAAUUGAUUAGUCAUUUAAAAUUAUAGUUUUACUUUUCAAUCAUGGGCAUCCAAACUUCUAGAAUUUCUGCACAAAUCUCAAACCCAACUGAAUCACAGCGGAAAAUGUCGCUUCUUGGGUGACACUGCACUUAACCCGUAAAGUUCAUUUCCCGAACAAAUAAUAGAGAAUGAUAGUGACUGAAGUAUUAUGAAAUGUAAUUGUCAAACAAUUGAUAAGCGAGAUACAAGCCAUUUUACUGUACAUUGAGUUUUCGUCUUCACAAAAUUACGAACCGAAACUUCUCUCAAUUACGAAUGCGGGAAAACAUUUAGUGAUUUCCAAUCCAAUAAUAAAUAUACUUAUCACAUAAACUGCGGUGUUAUACAAGGGUUUCCGGCCCUAAGAAAAGCCGUAACAGCACACGUGAAAAAAUAUCUAUUUUUUCACGUGUUUUAAUAUAGCCAAUCAGCUGCUCACACAUCACUCGGCUUUGGCGCCAUCCGGUCAGGUUGAUAAAUGAACAGCAAAGCCUUCACGACUCUCAAUACAAGGUAGUUUGUAGGAACUUCCUCGGAUUUUGACGGCUAGCUCUAAAAAAUCCGUAUCGCUGACAGACAAUGAGGUUCAAACUUUCCUAGAAGGGGAAAAAAACCAAUAUACGAAAAGAAAAACCGAAAGUUACGUAUUCAGUGGCUUUGAUGUUGGCAUUUCUCGCGGCUGAGAAUAAAAAUUGACAACUGGAAGCUUUGCCACUGGCCGAUCUUGGCCGUUUACCUUAAAGACUUCUUCUUUCGGUAAGGAAGAAGUCAACAAAUGAGAAUUUUGUAAUUGAAAAUUACGACUAUUUCUGUUUUUGUAAUCAUGAUUCGACGAUUUCUCCGUCUUGCGAGUUAGCGCCAACGCACUGAACGGUUUUUUAUUCGGGGAUUGUUGAUUCGUUUAUUUUCAUUCAUUAAUGAAGUCGGCUUUUCUUGUCAGUAAAGGGCUAUUGUGUUUAUAUGGUAAACAAAAUAAUACAUGGCUGCUUGUAUAUAUGCAAUUUCUCUUCUCGUGUCCAACUCGACAUCUCACUCGUUCGCUGCACUCACUCGUGAGCUAUCGAGUUAAACACUCGAGGAGAAAUUCUAUUUCCACGCGCGCCCGUGUAUUAUUCUCUAUCUGUCUUUGUUUUUAUUUAAGCUGUCGGAAGAGGAUUCCGUGAGAAUAGGUGAUGUCGGCGUUUCUAAGGAAGCAAGUAAAGUCAGCGGUACUGUUAAGGGAUCUUUUUCGUACAUGGCACCUGAGGUGUUCCAUUCUAAACUAUAUGAUUUCAAAGCAGACAUCUACAGUUUUGGAAUAAUGCUUUGGGAGAUGUGGUUUGGACGACGAGCAUUUGCUGAAGUUGAAGCGUUAAACAAUCAACAUUUCUUUAGCUUGGUGGAUCAUGGGCGUCGUCCGAAAGAUAUCAUGGAAUUGAAAAAGCCUCCACGCCGCUGGAAAGAACUCAUGGAAAGAUGCUGGGAUAGAGACCCAGAAAAACGUCCCACAGCUGACAAUUGUGAGCGAGAAAUGACCGAAAUCUGCAGUGGAUGGACUGGUCAUUAGGAAGAACCAUGUUCCAAAUUAUACAUAAAGGCUACCGUCAAUAAUUGCUCAUAUACUUUGCUUAUAUCACAAGCA